AUGGCCACCUCCAUGCCAGCCGAACACCUGGCACCCAGCGAACUAGGCACAAAAGAAUACUGGGACAGAACCUACGCCCUCGAACUCACAAACCACGCCACCAAUCCCUCCGACGAAGGCACCAUCUGGUUCUCCGACGCCGACGCCGAGGACAAGGUCCUCUCCUAUCUCGAGCGCCUUGACGAUCAAGGCAUCUUAGACAAGCGAGAGACGAGUUUUCUGGACUUAGGGACUGGGAACGGACAUAUGCUGUUUGCGCUGAGGGAUGCAGGGUGGGAGGGACCCAUGGUGGGGUUGGAUUAUAGUGGUGCGAGUGUGAGACUGGCGAGACGGGUGCAGGAGGGGAGGGUGGGGCUGUUAGGGGGGGAUGGAGAGGAGGAGUCUGGCGGGGGUGCUGUGCAAUUUGAAGAAUGGGACAUAUUGAACUCCGAAGCUGGAGAGUGGCUGGGAGAUGGUUUCGACGUGGUUCUGGAUAAGGGCACCUUCGACGCGAUCAGCCUGAGCGGAGAGGUCGGUGCGGAGGGGAGGAGGAUAUGCGAGGGAUAUCGGGAGCGGGCUGAAAAGCUGGUGAAGAGGGGCGGAAGGCUGCUGGUUACGAGCUGUAACUGGACCGAGGCGGAGCUGAGAUGGUGGUUUCAUGUCAGCGGAGGGGGGCUGGUAUUUGAGGAUUCGAUAAGAUAUCCCAGCUUCAGGUUUGGCGGGGUGGAGGGAACAAAGGUCGCGAGUGUCUGCUUUAGAAAAAGAGACGACGAACACGGUCCAUGA